AGCAGCGCGGACGGAGUACGGAGCGCAGUGUGCCUCACCACGUCUUCGAUCUCGCGUUCCUCCGAGUGUCGAGUGUGUUUUAGACGUAAUCGCCGCCGAGAAGCGAAGGAGAAUAAUACGAUAAAGACGAGGCGUUCGCCGGACGCACCGACGUCGAACGAACGCAGUUACGCGGUACGCGCGCCAACCACUCGUCGCCGUACGCAACGUACGCGUACGGGAUCCGUACAUCCAUAUUUCACCAUACGUUAACAAAAAAAUUCGAUGCAUAAUAUGUUGUAUCUGUGAAUAUACGUCAAGGGGAAACACGGGGCGCGCGCGCGCGCCACAACGUACCGCACACAUACACGAGCGUAUCCAGAGUUGCGUGCCGUGCAUCUGGAUAUAAACCAUAAAUACGGCGUUGGAAAGAGGGAGUAGCCGACGGCGAACUGAGCGACCAGAACUGGAAGACCGACGGGAGAAGAGGAGUCGCUAGAUAAGUGGGAAAAAGGAAGGACGCGGAAAUAGAGCGGCGAGAGAGAGAGAGAGAGAGAGCGAGGAGGGAAGAAGGGAGGCGGCGAAUAAUCAACCGGGAGGACACCGAGGGAAUCUAAGGGACCGCGGAGGAAGAUCCGAUCUCGCUAUGGCGGACGAGGACCCGAACAUGUGCGAAAAUUCGCUUGGACCAGGUGACUCGAGUACGGCCUUUGCCAAAAAACUUCGGGGUCGCAAGGGUGCGCUGAAAAAGAAGAAUGUCUACAUGGUCAAGGACCACAGCUUCAUGCCCCGAUUUUUCAAGCAGCCGACCUUCUGCAGUCACUGCAAGGAUUUCAUUUGGGGAUUCGGGAAGCAGGGUUACCAGUGUCAAGUAUGCAGUUUCGUCGUACACAAGAGAUGUCACGAGUACGUGACCUUCACGUGUCCAGGGGCGGAUAAGGGUGCCGAUUCGGACGAUACUCGGACGAAACAUCAUUUCAAGCAGCACUCCUACAGCGGGCCAACCUUCUGCGACCACUGCGGUAGUCUCCUCUAUGGCGUCAUCCACCAGGGCAUGAAGUGCCAAGCAUGUGACAUGAACGUGCACAAACGAUGCGAGGAGAGCGUACCGAAUCUGUGCGGAUGCGAUCACACCGAGCGCCGUGGUCGGAUGCAACUGCACAUCACCUGUUUCGGGAACAAACUCACGGUCGAAGUGAAACAAGGCCGAAAUCUCAUUCCGAUGGACCCUAACGGAUUGUCGGAUCCCUACGUGAAGUUGAAAUUAAUCCCAGACUCCGACAACGUGAAGAAGAAAACGAAAACCAUCAAAUCCUCGCUCAAUCCCGAAUGGAACGAAACGCUCACGUUCGAGCUGAAGCCCGAAGACAAGGACCGACGGCUCCUCCUGGAAGUAUGGGAUUGGGAUCGGACAUCGCGCAACGAUUUCAUGGGAUCGUUGUCAUUCGGUAUCUCGGAGCUGAUCAAAGCACCGGCGUCCGGAUGGUUCAAGCUCCUCACGCAGGAAGAGGGCGAAUUUUACAACGUACCGGUUCCCGAGGAAGGCGUCGACCUCGCCGAACUGAAAACGAAGAUGCGGAAGACGUCCGUCACGAAAAAGACACCGAUGACGCAAGACAAGGACGUCCCGCACAAUAUGGGGAAGAGCGACGUCAUCCGAGCGACGGACUUCAACUUCCUCAUGGUACUCGGCAAAGGAAGUUUCGGAAAGGUGAUGUUGGCGGAGAGGAAAGGAACCGACGAACUCUACGCGAUCAAGAUAUUGAAAAAGGAUAUAAUUAUUCAGGACGACGACGUCGAGUGCACAAUGGUUGAAAAGAGGGUACUCGCUCUGUCGAGCAAACCGCCGUUUCUCGUACAACUUCACUCGUGCUUCCAGACAAUGGACCGGUUAUACUUCGUGAUGGAAUACGUGAACGGAGGUGAUCUUAUGUUUCAAAUUCAACAGUGCGGAAAGUUCAAGGAACCAGUAGCCGUAUUCUACGCGUCCGAGAUAGCGAUCGGUUUGUUCUACCUGCACGCGAGGGGAAUAGUCUACCGUGACCUGAAACUGGACAACGUUUUGCUCGAUCAGGACGGUCACAUUAAGAUAGCCGAUUUCGGUAUGUGCAAGGAAGGGAUAACCGGGGACAAGACGACAAAAACGUUCUGCGGUACACCCGACUACAUCGCGCCCGAGAUCAUACUUUAUCAACCCUACGGUAAAUCCGUCGACUGGUGGGCGUACGGAGUUCUUUUGUACGAAAUGCUCGUCGGACAACCGCCCUUCGACGGUGAGGACGAGGAGGAAUUGUUCGCCGCCAUUACCGACCACAACGUCAGCUAUCCCAAAAGUCUCUCGAAGGAGGCGAAAGAGGCGUGCAAAGGGUUUCUCACGAAGAAUCCUAACAAAAGAUUGGGUUGCGGAUUGCGGGGCGAGGAGGACGUGCGGAAUCACGCCUUCUUCCGCCGCAUAGACUGGGAGAGAAUCGAGAACCGGGAAGUCCAACCCCCCUUCAAACCUAAAAUCAAACACCGCAAGGACGUAAGCAACUUCGACAAGCAAUUUACGUCGGAAAAGACGGACCUCACACCCACCGAUAAGUUAUUCAUGAUGAAUUUGGAUCAAACCGAAUUUAUGGGCUUCUCGUUCCUGAAUCCCGAGUUCGUACAGCACGUUUAAAACAACAGGUAUCACACAUACGGUGUGUACACACCUCUGCCCGUAUACGUUGCACACGCGAUGAAAACGAACAGCUCCAUACGUACGCGUUACACGUACGUAUACGCGGGUAUCCGAUGAAGGAGAGGUUGCCAAUUUUAUUCCAAUUAUAGAAUAACUCUACCUAUACCUGUACCUAUUAUACCUACACCCCCUCCCACCUACACACCGUGCUCGCGUACAACUAUGAAUAUCUCCUCUGUGCAUAUUUACAUGGGGCAUGAUGUAAACCACACGCCUGUGUGGGAAGAGGGAUAUCCCACUGUCAAGUCGAUGCGAACGGUAUUUUCCUUCGCUUCCGUCAUACCCGUAGUAAUUAUCAACUCUUUCUCGACAUCUUAUUUACUAGCUCCAAUCAAUUUUCAGCGCUACUCUAUUUACAUAGCAGGUACCGCGCAUACCUCUACGUACGUCAAAUACCCUACGCUCGUACGAUACUGGGGUAGGAUUAGGGUAGACAAAUUUCAUCGUACCGUGUUAUUCCAGUCUUUAAUUAUACCGAGGAUUAUGUGCAAUUUGUGGCGAAAUAACGUUGAUGACCGACGACGGUGGAAAUUCCGCUGAUUUCACGGAGAGCACACAGAGAGCAAAAUACAAACAAACCGACGUAAGCGUACCACCACGUCGUACGCUAUGGCGUCCCACGUCUCCGGCGGACGAUGUGAAAAACAAACUCUGCCAUACAUCGUGAACAUUUUUUGAGUAUAUACAUACAUACAUUCACCCGUAGCCACACCGUGGCGGCGUACGCGAUUUAUGAUUUGACCUUCGAACAUAUCACACCUACUUUGGUCAGUCGUCGAUUGAAUAUUGUUAAUUAAGGUAAGCGAUAUUAUAUACUGAUAUACUUAAACAUACCUCUGCAUAUGUAUACAUACAAUCCACACACACACACACACACAGUCGCAUAUAGAAAUAUAUAUACAUAUAUAUAUAUAUACACAAAUAUACAUAGAAUGACGCGUACCCGUACGUAUCGUGAUCGAAUAAACGUCAAUCGGUCAAGUGGUAAAGGAACAUAAGUACGGUCAGAGGCUGAUCACCCACGAGUGCAAGGGAUACGUGGUAUGCACAUGUAGGUAUGUACGUACGUACGUACUUACCAACUUUAUAGUGAUCCAUAUUAGAGAGAUGGGCGUAGGCGUGAUUUCGCGUAUCGCGAUCGGGUGGUUGGGUCGGACCGAGCGAUAUUUCAUUGACGAAUGAACUCUGGUUUGAACGGACGACGCCCCGACCGCGAGAGCCGCGAAUACUAUUACCCUACUUCAAAAUCUAUUCUUAUAUAUUUCUACACACUUCUCAAGAGUCUCAAGUCUUCCAACUAUUAUUUGGCACGAUUAUACAUCGCAACCGCGCCCGCCUCCUCCGUUGACAUUAUAAUUACGCCUACCUCGUCGUCGCGUAGAGUUUCGGUUACGGAUAAUAUCGUAGGACAUAGAUAUCCGUAUCGCCAUAGGCGCUUAACGACUGUUAAACAAUCGCCAAUUCUUGCCUACACACCGCUAUAUGUAUAUCGUACACGUGUAACUAUCACAAUAAUUUUCUUCAUAGAUACUUCGACUCUCGUUAAAAAUAUUACACAGCCGAAAAUCUGACAAUCUGAUUUACAAUUGUUCGAAGGAAAUAUUUUCCACGCAUACCGGCACGCACGGUCUUCUGAGAAUCUACGAAAUAAACUGACGAAGGAUAAAACGGGUUCGAAGCGAAAACAAUUACAGCGGAGAUAGAAAGAAAGAAAGAAAG